GUGUGUGUCUGACGUAGGCUGGCGGAGGAGAAAAACACAGACACCCCUCCACCACUGAAGCAAAGGGGGGAGAAAGACAUGUUAUAUAUACGCGUGUGUUUGUAACGGGUGGUUGUUUUCAGCAGAGAUGCGCGGAGUAACGUGGACCGAGGAUGCACAAUAGAGCACCGUGUUUAAUUGCGGAUUAAAGCAGGGGGGAGGAGGCGAGAGAAGAAGAAAAGGAGGGGGGAGAGCACAACAAGGAAGGCAAGGAGACGCUUCUUUAUUAUUAGGAGAAAAGAGGGGGGGAGACACACAGACAGCGUGAGCCCGGAGACGGUACAGACCGUGGCGGGGGAGAGGAGGACACCGACAGCCGGCAGCGUCGCUCGGAUGGUGUUGUUGCUCCGGACGCGGCGACGAUGCGGCCACACUGCUGGGUGAUGGUGGCGCUGGCGGGGACCAUGUCGUACCUUAGCCCGGAGAGAGCCCUCGGAGCCCCGCAGAGGGAAGUUUCUCAGACCAGGGCUGCCUCCCUCUCUCCUCCUCCCUACGUCGUCAUCCUCAUCUCUUGCUCGGGGCUCGUCUCUUUUGUCCUGCUGCUCCUGACCUGCCUGUGCUGUAAGAAAGGAGGAGUGGGGUUCAAUGUAAGUCUUCAACAUGAGUUUGACAAUGCAGACGGAGAGGAGAUCUCUGGAGGCUCCAGUCCCAUCCAGGAGGACAGCCUGUCGUCAUGUCCCUCCCUCCCUGAGGUCUACACCUUGCCGGUCAGAGACAAGCCCACCUGCCCCGCCCUGCAGGAUGGAGCAGACUCCAAGUCGCAGUGCUUCAAAAGACACGCUUUAAACUAUCUUCAGGAGAUAGGAAAUGGCUGGUUCGGAAAGGUGAUCCUGGCCGAGGUGCUGUGUGACUGCAGCUCCUCUCAGGCCGUGGUGAAGGAGCUGCGUGUCAGUGCCAGCCCUCUGGAGCAGAGGAAGUUCUUGGCAGAGUCCGAGCCGUACAGGAGCCUAAAACAUCCGAACGUCCUUCAGUGUUUGGGGAAGUGCAGUGAGAGCAUCCCCUUCCUCCUGGUUAUGGAGUUCUGUCAGCUGGGCGACCUGAAGAGGUACCUGAGGGCCCAGCGCAAGUCAGAUGGGAUGACUCCUGACCUGCCGACUCGGGACCUCUUGACUCUUCAGAGAAUGGCUUUUGAGAUCACCUCCGGUCUGCUGCAUCUCCAUGAAAACAAUUACAUCCACAGCGACCUGGCUUUAAGAAACUGCCUGCUGAACUCUGACCUCACUGUCAGGAUAGGUGACUACGGCCUUUCACACAACCAUUACAAGGAGGACUAUUACCUAACUCCUGACAAGUUAUGGAUCCCGCUGCGCUGGAUUUCUCCUGAGCUGCUGGAGGAGUACAGAGGAUCUCUCAUCGUUACUGACCAAACCAAGGCCAGCAAUAUGUGGUCCUUGGGGGUGGUUAUAUGGGAGCUGUUUGAGUUUGGCUCUCAGCCCCACAGACACCUGAGUGACGAAGAGGUGCUGACCUUCGUCAUUAGGGAGAGACAGAUCACCCUGGCUCAGCCCAGACUCAAACUCUCCCAUGCCGACUACUGGUAUGAGAUCAUGCAGUCCUGCUGGCUACCUCCAUCCCAACGCCCUUCUAUAGCAGAGAUCUUCCUCCUCCUCUCCUCCCUCCUGGCAGCAGAGCGAGGAAUAGCAAGGGAUAGUGUUGGGGAAGAAGAUGAAGAGGAUGAGGAGUAUGAGGAGGGCGGUAGAAGGCGAGGGGAGAGCGAUGAGUCGUUUGAAAGACGCUGGGACUUACUCCGACCGCCGGCUUUCCAGAUUGCAGCAAACGAGCGGCAACGGGAGAGAGAGUACGGCAGGGAGGACAGAGACAACUCCUACCCCCUGCUGGACCCUGUGGGGAACUGUAUCAACGCGUCCUCGACUGAACUGGACGACAUCCUGACAGUCACCGAAACCAGCAAAGGCUUGAACUUUGAGUAUUUCUGGGAGAAGGCUCAUGCCAGACAAGGCUACAAACCUCUCCCUCCUCCCCAGCCAAUCCCAAGUGUGAACAAUAACCACAGGCAAUCUCUGGACACUCCCACCGUCGUCCCGGUGAUAAGCGCCCGCAGCCCCUCCCUCGCCAGCGAGUACUACAUCAGAUUAGAGGAGCACACUCCCCAGGACAAGUCACCACCUCUUAAAGGGAAGUCUUUCCGCUCUGACUCGAUCUGCCUCGGAGACAUGGAGUUGAUGGAGAUCCGCAGUGGAAUGCUGGGAAAAGAGCGAGUCCCUUAUUUCUCGUCUGACAAGUGUGGGAAGGGUAUCCAGACGGUGAGAUCGAGCGAGGUUCAUCUCCAUGUGCCCAACACAGGGCUGGCUGAGUUCAGAGACACUUCGAGCAGAGUGACUGACUUCUCAGUAGUCGAUUUAGGAGACGAUGAUGAGGAGGAGGACAGGAGAAGGAGUAGUGAUCCGGAUAAAAUAGCCCCGGUCCUUCCUCCCAAGCCUCGCUCUAUGUCCAUGUCGUCAGCCAACCAUCUCUACUCGCGCCCCCUCCCCGCUCCUCCACUCGGUUACAGAGGACUGCCUCACUACACCAUCGGGGGGAAAAUCGAAACAGACCCCCAUCACAUCACUACCUUUAAUCACCUGGGCCUCCAUAGGGCCCGACAGACACUACCCCCAUCCCCGUCGCUAUCCCCCUCCCUUCCCCCAUCCAGCCAUCCGAUCUACCCCCAACCUCCUCAAAUGUGUCCCCCACCCCUCCCUCCCCACUCCAAACCACAAAGAGGUUGUCCCAGCUACAACACAGCGGAGACUUAUUCCAGAUACAGUAGGCCGCAGAUGCAGAGUUCGAACAGAGACCCGCUAUCCUGUGACUUGUCUGACAGAGAGGGUGGCAGCAGGCAUUUAGCAUCCUUGCACAACUCCAAGGACAGUUCCCAUUCUCGUGCAAAAGACUUUGACUCCCCCAUUCGCAGAGAAAACCCGUUUCGCCCAAUUUACCGUAAUUUACCCCGCCCUCAUCCUGACAGACAGUCUUCAUCAAGUCCUACCUACUCAGACGAGGAUGACUCUCCUUUUACGUCCCCAGAGAGAAGCGGUGGGAACUCUGUCCCUCACUCCAGCCUCUCUGAAGAUGCAGACCCUUCCGCUGGAGACUUCUUCUCCAGGGGAAUGAAAAGGACUCAGUCCCGACUUGACACCAUCCUGCCGGCCAUCUGGAGGGAAGAUGCUGAACUCCUUUCUGAACGUGUGGCCGCUGCCAAGAAAUCCCCCAUGCAUCUGUUUCUGACGGAGAUCUCGAGUGUGACAGAGUCCACUGAGUCCAAGUCUGAGCCUCCAUGCGAGGGAAAGAAGGAGGAGAAAAGAGAUGGAGAGACGUGGGGGAACUUUGUUUUGCCCAACAGAGGGAUGCGGCGCUCCCAGUCGCUGAUCACAGAGCUGGGGUCAGCAGGACAGUCAUGGGGGUCAGAGAAACGCAACCACAGCUCGGGAAAUGAGGAGGACCUAACAGUCACUAGCGAAUCAGUUCAGAGGGAUCUCUUCCUCACAGAGAUUGACACAGGCAUGGACACGGAUCCAGAGGGAGGAUCUCAACCCGAUGCAGUCAAAUACCUCUAUCCUUCAGGAUCCAGGUUGCGGCCCUAUGUCUGUGCGCCUGGCCUGCCCACGUACACCGAGGCUGAGGAAGCGUACUCUAAAGGAAUACGGAGAUCCCGCUCCCUCCUCUCUGAGAUCACUAUCGGGAAGCAGGAGUCUGACCUGCAGCAGGAGCCUGCCAAGACAGAGAUGACCAGGGAGGAGUUCCUGAAGGAGAUCCAAUCAGCAGAGACCUUCCUGACGGAAAUCAUAUCCAGACAAAACGCUGCCACAAACAAAAAGGAGACCGAUUCAUCUUACUCCCCUACUCCACUCUCUCCUGAAUACGAGUCCAUUUGCAUUGACCCAGGCUCCGCUCAGACCAUCAGGUUUCAGUCGGAGAGCUCCAUACGAGCAUCCAACAAAGGAAAAGAGGAAACACCAACUGAGGCCAUCUAUGCUCAAGUGACCAAGAGGGCUAAAAAGAGUGAGAUAAAGGUUUCUAUGAAACCGGAGAUCCCAGUCCUUCAUAUAGGAUCAAAUAAACAACCUCUUACAUCGGACAGCGAAGGAAGCGAUGCUGAUCACUGCCAAUCUGGUGAGUUUGUGUUUUCAGAAAUCAUGCCCAAAAAUGGCCUCCUGCACAACCAAACACAUGCAAGUCAGAAUGAGGAGGAGACUUUAGAUGGCCCCGCUUUACCUGCCAGAGGAGAGCAAACAGCAGAAUCCAACACUGUGACACAGCAGGAGAAUGAACCGCUAGAAACAGAUACUCAAAGAGAAGAUGUUAUAGGGAAUGGAGGGUUAAUGAGAGCAGACAGGGCAAGCAGCCCUGAGAGAGACGAUCAGACGACAUGUGAUGUUGACAAAGAAAAGUACCACACUGAUAACAUUUCUGCAGUGGAUUCUGAAAAUAUCACUGCAGCAGAUCUGGAGAAUUUUGGUUCUCAGAUUCAUGAUGAGGCAAAGAGAGAAAACAAUGACACUGGGCAGGAAAAACCUUGUCACAUUUCCCAAGAGGAAGCCGCUCCUGCUAUCACUCCAACUACUCCAGAUUGGGACCCCUCCUCUGACGUCUCACUCUUGACCCCCACAGACUCGGUCCUGUCUCCUAUGACUUCAAACUCAGCCGACUGUCUCACACCCAGUGACUCAUGGACGAGCAGCGGAGGAGGAGUGGGAAGUGGCGGGUGGCGAGCUCUGGGAAAUGAAACACCCCAUCGAGACUCUGCAUAUUUCUCAGACAGCGACUGGGAGGGGGACGGGAUGACCAGGAGGAGCAGUGACGGACUCAUGGCCUCCAGGCCGAGCAGCAGUCGAGCAGCAGACAGGGGAACACUGACUGGGAUCGAGGAGAAAACUGAGGAGGAGGGGGAGAAUGGAGAAAAGAGCCCCUUAAGAAAUAGUAAAAAGUCGUCGGAUAAGAAAAGUGAAAGUGGAACAACUAUUGAGAUGUGUGAGGAAAGUAUAACUUUAUAUCAACAUGCUACAGAGAAUUCCGUCCCUAAUUUAGAUGAUGACGAAGAUUCUCUGAACAAAGGGCUUGAGUCAACACAGAGAGAUGACUCUGGCAUUUUCCAAAACGAGAGCAAAGAGUCAUCACUGCUGUGUGAUGAUCAGCAGGCCAAGGACUGUGUUGACUUAAUUGAUAAGUUAUUCACAAAAUUAGAUGAUGAGCCACUGAAAGGGCUUCCUCACAGCAGUGGGUAUCCGAUAGACAACGACUACACAGAUGGCGUCAUCGCUCAGAUAACAGAUUGCAAAUACCAGGAUGCUGCAGAGAACAAAUUUAAUCUGCAAUCCAAGAGCCUCGCUGAGAAAAAUGUUUUGAUCGAGGCUAUAUCUGGCAGUCUGUCAAAGGAUUGUCAAAGUAUAACAGAGACUGAUAUUGAUAUUUCUGCAAUGAACUCUCUCAAAUGUGGAAAUGACGCUGUGCAAUCUGCAACACCAUCUCAAGAUGACAACAGAGAGUCAAGGUUAUCCACCAUGUACGGCAUUCAAAGCAGUGACCCCACACUCGGAGAUCCAGUGGCGUCAGUAGUCGAGCCAAGCGAUGACGGGAAGUCUGUCUUUGAUAAAGAGAGUGGUCUGAUUAGUCCUUCUUGGGCCGAGGAGGGUGAUGAAGAGUCAGAAGGAGGUGAAGAGAGGCCGGGGCUGGACCACAACGAGCUGGGCCUGAGAAACCUGCAAUGCUCAGAAGGCAGCGAGGUAAAGAAGGUCACGACGGAGACGAAGACGGAGACGGAGGCGGAGGCGGAGACGGAGACGGAGACGGAGACGGAGACGGAGACGGAGACGGAGACGGAGACGGAGACGGAGAAACAGCUGGCUGCCGCAGAGCUGAGUAACGCCAUGAAGGAAAAGUCCCCCUUGAGAGGGGCAGUGAGUCGGGUGGACUCUGCUAACAGUGUGGAUAAUAACUCCUGCGAGGGCCUGGAUGUGAAGACUAAAGAGUUAUGGAGCGCCCUGGAGGAGGAUGAAGAACUAACAGGAUCUGGUGUCGUUAGGGGGGAGUUUGACUGCCAUCGUUUUUUACAGUCAAGUGAUUUACGGUUGUGGCCUGAUGAAAAUGACCAGUGGGCCUCACCAGAGAGGAGGAGCCAAGAUGUUGAACUCAGGUCUGAAUUUUUCUCUGGGUUCAGUAAUAAAGCCUGGGAGGUGGCGGAAAGGCUCGUUGUGGGCCAGGAGUUUUGGGAGGCUGAAGAAAACGAUGAACUUGCAGGAAGUGAAACUCAUCCUGCCAUCUUGGCGGGCAGUGAAGAAACCAGGAACGAGGAAACACAAGGACUUGUGGGUAAUCUUGCCCUGAAGGAAAGGUGGGACUCUGCAGACAGUGAUGAUCAACAGUUGGAAGAAGUGGUAGAGAUACAACAGGUAGAGAUACAACAGGAGGAAAAUAUUGAGAAUGUAAUAUUAAUUGUCAGUCUCAACAAAGACCUGGAAAGAGAAACCUCAGAUAUUGAAGUAGAGAAUAAAGAAAUCCCAGAGCAGGAGUCCUCAGAGAAGGACGAGAGUACGAUUUUGUGUACAGACACCGAAGGUCUGCAGGACUCCACAGAGACGGAAGAAAAUCAAAAUUUUAACAGAUGUCCUCAGAAUCUCCAAAAACACGAAGAGACAUCAGCCAAGCAAAUUGAUGAAACCAUCUCGAACCCAGAGAACUGCUUCAGUCAAACUUUAGAAAGCUCAAGUAUAAUUAUUUGCAUCACCGAAGCUCCUCAUGAGAACCUUUCCCACCUGGAAAAUGUUGAAUCAGGCGCAGAAUCAGAGGAGGAAACAAGACCAUGGCAUGCUAAGGAACACGUAGAAGAGAGAGUAAGCAUUAUGAAUGAAGAAGAGGAUUACAGAGACUUGCCCCCUCCACCCAAUCCCAUCUAUUGUCCUGAUGACCUUGAUAUGCAGGAGGACAUAGAUCCACAGGUCGACAAUUUCAGCUCAGUAGAUUUCCCUAGUCCUCCACCAAGCAUAGACCUUGAUGUGCAAGAUGAUAAAUUGGAGAGUUUAGACGACUCUUUUCCUAGCCCACCGCCAUCUGUUAUCGAGGCAGAGGAGUUUAUUAGUCACAUUAAUCUAGAAGACUUUAUUGCUAGUACUGAGACAGAGUCGUAUAUUUCCCCAACUCACAGCGCAGACGUGUCAGAGCCACCUUUGCAAGAAUCACCACCUGCUACAACUCAGAGUAAAGGGAUCUCAGCCAACCUGAACCUCCCCACUGUGCAUAUAACCCUGGCCGAUGAGAGCGACCUCACACCCAACACAGAACUACAGGAUGAACCGAAUCAUCUGUUCCAGGAAACUUCAUCUGCCACGCCAUCUUCACCCCAGGUUCCCCUCAACAAUCUCCCAGAAUUACUGAUUUCAGAGUGGAAAGAUUUGGAUGAGGAGCCCCUGGAGGAUUUUGAAAAACUGGAACAACUGUGCUGCAUUUCUGGGGACGAAGAGGACUCUCUGGGCGACCUUUUUCUGGGGAACCUGGAGAUCCUGGAGUCUCUGAAGAAGACACCUGAGCAGAAGGGCAGCAGUGUUGGUGAAAGUGAUGAAGGUGAGAAGACAGGUGGCUCCUCUACUCCUGAGGGGGAUUUGAAUGAUGAGUCUGAUACUCUGGUAGAGUCAACACCACAGCUGAUCCUGGAUUCUCAAGAGAAGAAGAACGACGGCCAGAGAUCACAGAGUGAAACAUCUGAUGUCAAAGACCAUGGCUCUCUCUCUAAGAUGACAACAAAAAAUGGCCUCAUGAUGCAGGUGUGUGAGGAAAGGCUGCAGUUCUCCCUCAGUGAAAAUGUGAAAACAAACGUGCUCUGGGGGUCGACUGUCAAAGACACGGUGAUGAUCAGACCCUGGAGCGAACAAAUCGCAGAGAACAGCAGUGAGCUGGUCACUGUGACGGAGCAAAACGAGGAUGAAAGCCAAGAGGAGCAGGAAAGUUCCCCGAGCUUUCAGCCGCACACGGAGUCUGAAGAAACUAAUGCUGAGCCGCUCACUGUGAUUGAACAUCCUGAGGUCACAACCCCUCAGCCGACUGCGAACCAGGCAAUGAAAGCUAAACUUGCUCGUCUGUCCCUCGCCCUCCCUCCUCUCGCUCUGACUCUGCCCCUCACCCCCACUGGAAAAGGAGGGUUUGGGGACGGUGCGAUUGGAAAUCGAAUUGUGAGACGGAGAGGUCUGUCCUCAGGAAGCGACCCUGACGAUGAGGAGGAGGACGAGCAGGAGGACGAGAGCUCCCGGAGGGUGAUAGUCGUCACAGAAACAGAUGUGGACAAACGCGUCGGGCUCAGGAGUUUACUGAAAUCACCGAAGGAGCCGAUGGACAGAGAGAAGGACAGAGGAAGAAACGUGUCCUUUUUUGAUGAUGUCACAAUCUAUCUUUUUGAUCAGGAAACUCCAACCUAUGAGUUGGGCAGUUCAGCGCCCACAAGUCCAGCCCCUGUGACGGUCAAAAACAGCAAGUUGGAUUUGCGUGGAAACAUCAAGAGCAAAGAAUCAAAAAGGAAGGAGGAUCUAUCAAUCAAACCAAGGUCGUCUGUGGGGUCAAAACAAGUAUCAUCGUCGCGCUUCACUGUCAGCCCUGCCAACGACCCCCACCUCGCGUGAUGUUACGUGUCGUCGUGGGAACCUUUAGAGCUGAACCCUCUCGGACUGGCCAGCAAAUUAACCCCAACAACCAGCCAUUCACCCAGAGGCUAUUUUUUUAUUGAAGAGGCAACGAAAGAUUGAAGCUCCUGUUCUCAAAGCUGGACACAUUCCAGGUUUUACCAGCGACAGGAUUUUGUAUGACAGGGCUUGUUGUGCUCCUGCCUGCCACUAUUUACAGAGUUUUAUUCUUUAAGUCUUUGGAAAAGGCAGCAUAUGCUAGGAGAAGAGGAGCUUGGAGCUUUGUAAAAUCUGAAACAGAUUUGACAGCUAUGCAGUGGGAGUCUUGCUGUGUACCAGCUUACCUUCUGUCUUUCUUCUUCAUUCUGUGGUAUUAUUCCCCAGAUGUGCGGGGAACGCACUUUCUUUAGUCAUUCAUUCGUCUAGGUAAACGCUUGAAUUCCAGUCCUCUCUUUAUUAAAGACGUUUUUCAUUGCAGUCAGUCAGAUGUUCUUGUAGGCAGCAGUUUGGAGCAGAAAUCGCUUGACUCCUGUAUUUGACAACACUCAUUUGCAUUUGUACAAAUAUCAUAAUACAAGUGAAUACAACAUAAUUUUAGAGCUGUUUACUUUUAGAUGUAUUCUUAGACUGCACGUAAAAUGAAACAAGCUAUGCUUCUUUUAUACUUUAAGUUCCAAAAAGAUUUGUUGUUAAUUUAUAUUAAAUAUAUUAUAUUGUUUUAUUUAUUAUUUAUUUAAAGCCAGUUUUCAUGCAAUAUUUGAUUGAUUUGAUUAUUUAUUAAUUGUAUUUAUUUGGUUAUUUGAUUUACUGCAAUUAACAUAUUAACUUUGCUCUGAUUUGUUUGGGACAGAAUGCAUCUAGGUUAUAUCUUCUCUAAGAUCUUCAUAACAAAUAAAUCAAAAAUAUUUUCCCAAACGUCUUAAUUGCUAAAAAAAAUAAGUAUUUUGUAUAAUUUUACUUGUUAAUAUAUGCCAAUCUGUAAGAAAAUAUGUCCUGUAAUGUGUCAUUAUUUUUCGAAUGUCUAUGAAUUUUUAGCUGUCUUGUCAUUAUUUUACCUUGUUUAAAGACCGCUAUCGUAGCUUAGCAUGAAAAAUUGAAGCCUUUCAUCAGUAAAUAAUUCCAUUUGUUUGUGUAUCUGUUAAUUUACCCCAUUUUCUACUAAUAACAGUCCAUCAUGCAGUCGAGGUCCAACUAGUCCAUUUGUUUAGUCUGUUUAAAUGUUGGUUAAAAACCUGUAUUGUUUAAACAAUUGUUUUCGAGGGAUAAUGUAUAAACAAGGGGAAAUAAAAACUACAAAAUG